AUGACGGUGGGGACCGGGGAGGCCGAGUGCAAGGGGUGUGGCUACACCUACGACCCCAAGAACGGUGACCCUGACUACCCAGUGUCCAAGGGCACACAAUUCCAGAAUCUCCCAGACGAUUGGCAGUGCCCUGUGUGUGGCGGCCAGAAGGAUAUUUUCAUCACCAAGCAGAAGGAGGUUGCAGGGUUUGCCGAGAACCAGGGCUAUGGACUGGGGGCCAACUCCAUGACUGGCGAGCAGAAGAGCCUGACGAUAUUUGGGUCCCUGCUCUUCUUCUUCGUCCUCUUCAUCCUGGGCUACUUUUUGAACUGA